UAAAUCUUUUUGUAAAAAAGAUUGUAGACGUGUAGAAAAGGCAGUAUGAGUGUCCGAGCAAAACUCUCUCUGUUCGAAAAUUUCCCCUCCGUUCAAGAAACCGACCUUCUUGACCGGAGCAUCAAGAAGAUCAAAGACCCUAAAACAAAUGUCUUUAUAGAGAGCUCUCGAAGGGGAGAUAACCCUCUUCAUGGUGAAUCAUCGAACCUGUCCACUAAAGACGUGCUGAUGACUAACCAGAUUGCCGACGAGGAACACCUAGACACCCCAAUGUCAGAAUCACAAAAUACAGCCACAGCUUUAGCCAACCAAUCACAAAACUCUUUAUCUUAUAGGGAUAAACUCAUGGGGAAAGAGAACCCAGUCAUUCUCUCCUUCAAUACCAUACCCAGUUACAUGGAGGAAGAAUCAGACAUUGACGAUGAUCCAGAGGACGAUGCUCCUAUCGUUUUGUUAUCAAGAGCAGAAAAACGGAGAAUCCGGGAGCCAUGGAUGAAUGCCAUCAUUAUCAAAGCCUUCCAUCCUAAACCUUUGGGUUAUAACUAUGUUUUUCCUAGAGUCCAAGCUCAAUGGAAACUGAAUGGUAAGUGGGAUUUCAUUGAUCUUGGAUUUGAUUUUUUCCUUGUUCGAUUUCAGGACAACGAGGAUCUAAGUAAAGUCAUCAUGGGGGGUCCUUGGUUCAUUGGCCCCUACUAUCUCACCAUGAGAAGGUGGGAACCCAACUUUGACCCGGAAGAGGCCAUUCGCACUACUACCACCACGGCUGUUUGGGCUAGACUCCCUAAUCUCUCAGCUGAUUAUUAUGACCCUAUUACUCUCCAGAAGAUUGGGAAUAAGAUAGGCUUGCUACUCAGGGUCGAUGCUCAUACUGCUCAUCACACCAGGGGCCAGUAUGCAAGGGUGUGUGUCCAAAUUGAUAUUGCACAACCUGUUGCUAAGUAUAUCAGAAUUGGAAAGAAAAAACAGAGGGUCAUUUAUGAAGGGGUCAGUGCUUUGUGCUUUCAUUGUGGACGCAUAGGCCACAGAAAUAAUCAAUGCCCACAGCUCAAUAUUACCUCCGAGAUCAUUAAUGAAGCUGCCAACACUGCUACUUUGCCAACCCAUGCUUCAGACUCUACAUUCCCCAACGUUAAGGCCGUGACCUCCCCCACUAUCCUGAGCCCUGCUUCGCAGACAUCUGAUAUCGACAAAUCCUUUGAUAAGGAUUAUGGUCCCUGGUUACUAGUGGAGCGACGCAGAGCCAAAAGGAAACCCCCUUCAAACCCGUCAGCACCGGAGAAGACACCGGCAAACCCCAAAGCAAGGGACGUGCGUGACUCAGGCGGUUCAACGCGUAACACUAGUCCCAAAACUCAGCGAGUCACGAACAACUCUCUAUCAAAUCAACAGAACGGUAAUGUUCUCAGUGCAAUAAAUGUUGAUCAAUCUUCAAAGCAAGGUCCAACGGUUCACAAAGCCAAAGCCCCUUUAGUGGAUUAUUCCAAACCGGAACCCAAAACCCAACAAUGGGUCAGCAAAACUUCCACUAAGGUUCAAGGCCCACCCAUGAGCACCACCAUACAUGAGCCCAAAUAUAAACCCAAGACCUCUCAUACCCAAGGCCAACCUUCACACCAGGCUAAUAUCUCCGAACCUAAUUCUAGAUCUGAUAUCCAUAGGCUUUCUGUGCCCCAACAAGACCUUUCUUCUUGCUCUCCUAAUUCGGUUCAGCCUACCCACUCCACUCCCGAUCACUUCACCUCCACUAGCACUUCUGGAACCCACCCCCAAUCCCAAUCUCCUCAUAUCUCUACUUCCCCCCUACCUAACCAUGGAUCCACUCCAGUUUCUGAAUCUUGCUCCAAAAACACAGAUGUUUCUUGUAGAGAACCAGCUGUCCGUCCGGAUGGAGACAGCUUUGGAGUGGAUGCUAGAUUGCACAUCCCCCAGGGGAUCCAAAUGGUCGUUGAAUCAAUUGUUCACGGCGUGGAGAGCUCCCAUUCUCACGGACAUGGAGGUGAACCUCCCAGAGAUAGCCCACUUGAUCCCCCCAGCCGAGGAAAAUCCAGAUCUAAAAGAGUCAUGUCGGAUCGGGAAUCUCGAAUUGACAGAAGGCGCCAAAGUACUCGACGAGGAGUUGAGCCUUAUCAAGCCACUUCUAUUGACAAGCUAUGCUUACCAAAGCCACCUGAAGAUCGUCCAGCUAGAGGGGAAAAUGGAACACAUUCUCCUGGUACUGAAAACCCUGUGGUCACUAGAGACCCACACCGAGAGGGACUUCCAAAUCCUUUUCCUACCAUAUCAUUUUCCCCUAGCCAGGUUCCUCUCAUGGACAUUCCAAUCCCUACUGCCGCACUUAAAGCAGGAUUCCGAAAAAGUGUCACGGAUCUUAUAAGGAUUCACAACCCAGCUAUGCUCCUUAUCCUUGAAACAAAAAUUUCCUGUCCUGAUGCUCAAGAGGUAGCUAAUUCUCUCGGCUUCCCCAAAUCUUGUAUCGUCAACUCUGAUGGUCUAGCUGGAGGCUUAUGGCUGCUGUGGGACGACUCUAGACGCUCGGUGGAUAUUCUCUCAACCAACAACCAAGCAAUUCAUGCAGUUAUCCAGGUUAGUAAUAAUCCCUUAUGUCCAUUUAAUUGGUAUUUUUCUGGCAUUUAUGGCAGGCCUCAGUUUGAAAUCAGAAACAUGUUAUGGCAAGAACUUUCUGCCAUGGCUAAUAUCAUCCAGGGUCCGUGGAUGAUUAUCGGGGAUUUUAAUGAUGUAGUGGAUCAGAGUGAAAAAUUUGGAGGGAAUGAAAUUUCUCAAACUCGUGCCCGGGCCUACCUUGAUUGCAUGAACUAUUGCAAUAUGGUUGACCUCGGCUUUAUUGGAAACCGCUUUACUUGGGUCAACAUGCGGUUCUCUAACCAGCUGAUCAGAGAAAGGCUUGAUAGGGCUUGGGCCAACCCUGAUUGGAAACUUAGCUUUCCUGAAGCCUCCCUCUUUCACCUACCUCGUACUCACUCUGAUCAUUGCCCAAUUUUACUUGAUCUUAACCCCUCAUGCCCUCGAUUUGGUUCUCGCCUCUUCCGGCUUGAAAAAUUUUGGAUUGAGCACCCUGAUUUCCAAAGCAUCACUCAUCAAGUUUGGGUUGACACCAAUACUAAUACUGCUAAAAGUGUUGAGCUUACUAUGAACCGUGCUAAAGCAUGGAGUCUAGUUACCUUCGGUAAUAUCUUCAAAAGGAAGAAAAAACUCCUUGCUCGCAUUGAGGGCAUCCAAAAGUCUCAUGCUUAUAACUUUUCUUCCUUCCUUUGGAACUUAGAAAGGGAUCUCCUCCAACAAUAUAAUGAUAUUCUUAAUUGGGAGGCGGAUCUUUGGUUCAUGAAGUCUCGCGCCGAUUGGAUCGUUGAUGGUGACAGAAACACUAGGUUCUUCCAUGUCACUACUCUAAAGCAUCGAUCUCGAAACAGGAUUUUUGGCUUGUUCAAUAGCCAAGGAAAUUGGAUCUCUGAUGGCAGUGGACUUGCAUCCAUUGCUAUUGAUUUCUUCUCGGAAUUAUUCAACACUUCUCAUACCCACUCAUUCUCUAACUCAUAUGAAUCACUUCAAAGCCAUUUUCAGCCUUCUUAUUGUCUUGAUUCCAUCAGGGGAUGCCCCAGCAAUAAAGAGAUUUGGGAUGCUGUUAACUCUUUGAAAUCCUUUAAGGCUCCGGGUCCUGAUGGAACUCACCCCUUCUUCUAUAAACGUAUGUGGCCUCUUAUUGGGGAGAAGAUUAGCUGUGAAGUUAAGAAUAUCUUUCUUACUGGGUGCAUUCCCCCUAAAUGGAACGAGUGCUUACUUGUCCUCAUUCCUAAACUGCAAUCUCCUGGGCAUAUUCAUCAAUUCAGGCCUAUAAGCCUUUGCAAUACUAUUUACAAAAUCAUAUCUAAGAUUCUUGUUCAUAGGAUCAAGCCCUGGAUGGACAAGAUUAUUUCUCCAUGCCAAUCCAGCUUUAUCCCUGGCAAGCAAGGCACUGAUAAUAUCCUGAUCCUUCAAGAACUUGUCCACUCCUUCUCAAAAAAAACCGGACAAACAGGAGAUAUGAUUUGUAAACUUGAUCUUGAGAAGGCCUUUGAUAGGCUGGAAUGGAGUUUCAUUUAUGAAACUCUCCUUUACUUUCAGUUUCCCCUUGAUAUUGUUAACCUUAUUAUGUCUGCCAUCAGCUCUACAUCAAUCUCCAUUCUCAUCAAGGGAGAAAAAACUGAAGAGUUUUACCCUUCUCGAGGAAUUCGCCAAGGAGAUCCACUCUCACCUUACAUCUUUAUCCUUUGUAUGGAGUACCUUUCCAUAAGAAUCUCUGUUGACAUGGAGACUGGACUAUGGAAAGGCACUAAAUGUGGGAGAAGGGGUCCCUCUCUUUCUCAUAUUUUCUUUGCUGAUGACAUCAUCUUCAUUGGCAAAGCUACAGCUGCCAAUUGCCUUCAUCUUAAAGAUGUCCUUCAAUCCUUUUGCGAGAGAUCUGGCCAAAAGAUUAACAACCUCAAAUCCAAGAUGUUUUUCUCCAAAAAUGUUGGUCAAGCUGUCCGGGAUAAUCUCUGCUCCAUUCUUGGUUUUUCCCAAACUGAUGACCUGGGAAAAUACCUUGGUGUCCCUAUCUCAGCUAAGAAACUUACCCGAAGCAAAUGGCAAUUCGUUGUUGACAAAGUUCGUGCUAAACUCUCUGGCUGGAAGUCUAAAUUCCUUUCCUUUGCAGGACGGACUACCCUUGCUAAGUCAGUCUUGGCUGCUGUUCCAAAUUACUAUAUGCAAUCAUCCCUGCUUCCAGCCUCUAUCCAAAAGGAACUCGAUCAGAUCUCUCGUAACUUUAUUUGGGGAUCAGAGGUGGAGCAAAGGAAGAUUCACCUUGUCAAUUGGAACAUUGUUUCUAGCCCAAAGCAUUUGGGGGGUCUUGGAUUAAAAAGUGCGAGAGAGGCUAACCUUGUUGCUAUGUGUAAACUUAAUUGGAGACUUCAUCAGGAGAAGGAUAAAGUCUGGAGUACCAUAUUUAGAAAUAAAUAUAACAUUCAGGAGUGUCACAACAGACCAGCUGCCACUGGAUCUCCUGCAUGGAAAGCCAUAACUAAGGGCUUUGAUCUCUUCAGCUCAGGUCUGAAAUGGGUGCCUCAUACAGGCGCCAACAUUUCUUUUUGGACAGAUUGCUGGGCUACAGAGAUACCUCUCGCUUCUAUGGUAUAUGGCCCCCACCCAUUGGACUUCAAAACUAUCACUGUCUCUGACUUUUUCACUGCAGGUGGACAGGCCCCAGACCUUAUCUCCUACUCUUUCCCUGGUGAGAUCUUCAAUAAGCUCAAAGCUAUUCCUCGCUCUAUUGUCAGUGAAAGAGAAGACUCCCUUGCUUGGAAGGGAACUCCCAGAGGUGAAUUCACUGCUGCUUCUGCUUAUAACCUUCUUAAAAAUCAUUCUGUUUGCGUUAGCAAAGAUUGGGAUUGGAUAUGGAAGCUUCCAACCACCCCAAAAAUCCAACAUUUCUUUUGGCUGUUGGCUCACCAAAGACUCAAAUGCUUUGGCUUCUUGCAUCAUCUAAGCAUUUCUGCAACUGCUACUUGUCCCCUCUGUCGCAAUGAGGAGGAAACGGUGGAGCACCUUAUCCGGUUUUGUCCUUCCUCAACUGCUAUUCUCCAUGACCUUUUCCCUGAUUCCUCAUCGCAGCAGCAGCAACAGCAGGACAUGGACUUCAUUUCUUGGCUUAAGUUUAAUUCUCAUUGUACGCUCAAGACUGAAGUGAUGAACAUCCCUUGGAACAUUCUGUUUUGCUUUACUAUUUGGGGAAUUUGGCUACAUCGUAACCAAACUGUUCAUUCCCCCCACCCAUACCAGCUCAAUAUUCUGCGUAGCACUAUUACUGAAAGAGCUGCUGAAUUUUGGGCAUCUAUUAUCCCAAAAGCUUCCCGUACCUAUCAUGAGGAGAACUUUAAAUGGGCUAAACCUCCCCCAAAUGUCAUCAAACUGAACACGGAUGGGUCGGCUAAAGGAAAUCCAGGCAUCUCAGCUGCUGGGGGUAUAUUUCGUGACCAUCAUGGCAACUGGAAGCUGGGUUAUGCAAGGAAAAUUGGCUGGUCUAACAGCCUUGCAGCGGAACUCUGGGCCAUUAGGGACGGAUUGCAACUGGCUGUUACGCAUAACUUUUCUCAUAUUAUUGUGGAAUCUGACUCUCUUGUUGCUAUCCACCUCCUUCAUGAGCCCCUGCCUCCCUCUCAUAAUCUCAGCCCUUUAAUUUUUGAUUGCAGGGAGUUGUUCCAGCUAAUCCAUCAUGCUGAGCUCAAACACGUUGUCCGCGAGUCUAAUAUGGCUGCUGAUCAGAUGGCAAAGCUUGGACAUGGCAUUGAUCAGGAUUUUGUCACUUUUGAAAGCAUUCCUUUCUCUGUAAAACAGUUCUGUAUUGCCGAUAUGAUGGGAAUUGAGUUUCCCCGUAUGUGUUGAACCAUUUCUAAUUAAUAUAUCUUCUCUUU